AUGACCUUACCCACCAUCGUGUUUAUCCCAGGUGCAUGGCAUACCUGUGACUAUUAUAAGCAAGUCAUUUCCAUCCUUACGGAAAAGGGGUUCCCUACCGCAACUGUCAACUUACCAUCCGUUGGGGGUGUCUCCUCUAUGGAAGAUGAUGCUAUAGCUAUUCAGAAUGUAAUCUCGAAGCUGGCGAAUGAUGGUCAGCAGAUUAUUCUAGUUAUGCAUUCGUAUGGUGGGAUUCCUGGUACGGAGAGCGCUAAAGGACUUUCUCGGGAAAUACGUCAGGCGAAAGGGAAAGCAGGUGGAAUUAUAGCUCUUGUAUACGUGUCUGCCUAUCUCAUCAAAGAAGGGAUGAGCGUGUUAAGUGUUGCAGGUGAUGCAGAAUGGCCAGCUUUCUUGAUCAAACAGGAUGAGAUAAUUCUCUACGAUCAAGCUACCGCUGUCGAAAGGUUCUACCAUGAUUUUCCGAAAGACGAAUCUCCAACAGCAUGGGCUUCGAAAUUGAAGCCACAAUCUGCGGCAUCUUUCGCUGGUGCUCUUACCUAUGCCGCGCAUCGAGAUAUUCCAGCUAUAUAUUUGCUCUGUGAGCAAGACAGGUCGCUCCCAAUUGGGGUUCAGGAACUCUUCGUGAGUUGGGCAGAAGGGAAAAUCACAACCCGGAUUUGCAAGACUGGGCAUAGUCCAAUGGUGACAAUGCCUUAUGAGGUCGUUGACGCAAUACUCCUGGCCGUUGAUGUUUGA